AACAGACUUACCCUACCAUAGAAGUAAUAAAAUUGGAAACGAACGGCCGUGAAUGUGAAAGAAACCGUUGUCCGAAAGCAAUUCUGCCUGACUGUUUCUCCGGGUGAUUUUGGCCCAAGAACAUAUCUUUCUUCCUUUUUAAAGUGCAGCGAGUAACGAAAAUCAAUGUAGGCGUUCUGUAAACGACUGAGUCCUGUUCGUUUGCGAGAUGAGGAAUGGCUUUGUGUUGUUUAAUACAUCUGACAGAACACUGACAAUCGAAGAAGCAGUUUUCUUCAUUCUUCAGAUGAGUUUAAUAAGUGGAUUCCAAUGCAUAUUUCCUAAGAACGGAAAAGCAAACUGUUAAUUUUUGAGGAAGGUGGAAUUCGAUUGUUAUCGCUAUGAAUUCAAAGAAGGCGAAACGAAGUAAGGAGGAAUCGUUGUUGAUUGCAUAUAACUCAGGAAAUGAUCGUUGUAACAGAAGCAGUGAAUCGGACACCAAUGUACCACCACUCGAUUUGCCGCCAACACGACUCAGACGCCCGAAAUCAAGGUAACGAUUACAACACAAUCUUUUUAAUAAUACAAUGAUAACACGAAUCAUUUAAAAGGGUGUUCAUGUAAAAGUAUUUUUCACUCUUACAAUGCAACGCAAUGCAACUACCGUAAAUGUAUAAGCCCUCCAAAAUAUAAGCCCCCCCAAACCUGUACCGCAAAAAACCCUCCGGUAAAUCCCCCGCGGGGGCUUGUACUUGGAAGUUACCCCCAAAUACAAAGUAAAAAAGGUAAAAACGGUAAAUUUCCUUCCAACUAUAAGCUAUAGCCCAAUCGAUUUUUGAACGCAAACUUCCCUCCAUACAUAAGCCCCUCUGAAUAUAAGCCCCCUCCAAAAUUAAGCCCCGCAAAAAGGGCCUUUGAAAAAUAUAAGCCUUGGGGCUUAUUUUCGAAAUUGUACGGUAUUAAAGUUAAUGGAGGUAGCACAUCUUCGUCCCGGAGGGUACUCCUGUAAAUUUACCGCAGGAGUGUGCUCUAGACCUGUACCAGACAAAGUUAGAUGAGUUUGAACCCAUUUCCAGUCAAUAAUUGUGAAGACAGAAAUUCCAUCUGAUGCAAAAAAAAUGUAUGUAACUCGUUUUAUACAAUGUGGUGAAUGCCACGCACAAUGUGAUUGGUGGUUGCUUAUGAUCUGCUGGAGUGCAGGCACUUGAUUGACAUCAUUGCAAACUUGUCUUCUUUGUGUGGUCUAACAUGACACAUGGUUUUGAAAAAGUUUGUGAUUAAGCAAGUGAAUGUCUGAAAAAAAGUUUAACAAGAGUUGUGUACAAGUAAGAAAAACCAGAGAAACCAAGACAAAAUGAGCUCUUGACUACUUGAAGAAGCCAAAAGUGGAAUAAAUCUUCACAGCAGUUGCCAUCACGUGUCAUUGGUAUGUGAGACUCACAGUUCUGAAAAUGUUUCGGCAAUGAUUCUACUUUGACAGAGUGUAAAGAAAGUCAUUUUUACAGCUUGCCACUCGGGCAAGCUGAGGCUAGCAUAUACUUGGGGCUAGCAUAUAUUAGCCCCAAAAACGUUUUGAUGAGCAGAACUGAUUUCACAGUUCUUCUGUAAUUUGAAGUCCUCAAAAAACGUCACUUGCCCGUCAGGCAAGUUAAGAGCAGAAUCCACUAGCCCCGGGCUAUCAGACAGUACUUUCUUUGCACCCUGUUUGAGCAGGUGAAGGCCUUAAAAAACAUUUGGGAGAAACUGUCUACAAGUAAGAUAGAGUAGAAAAGAAGAAGCAUAGACAAAAUGUAAUUUUUGUCACUUGGAAAACGCCUCAACUUGCACAAAAACUCCUCCAACGGUCAAGCGGUGCAAGGAAGUUUGUCAUUUUUAUUUUCUAUUUAUGGUACAAGGUGAAAAGAUUUUAUGUUGCUAUGCAUCUGUUCAAUAAUAGAUGACAGAACAUGUCAAAUUGUGGUGAGAACAUCAGUGACAUAUGCACCUGAAGCUCAUAUGCCACUUUUUGUCCUAACCAAAUCUUGAUUUCAUCUCUGAUCUAUUACUGAACAAAGACGCACGGCAACAUGGAAACUAUUUUGUAAAAUUGACAGGGAAUGGCUUAUGUAACAAGAACUCACUUGGCCAGCUUUGUCUGUGGCUAGCUCAGUUAUGAAACAACAGGAGGAGCAUAGUUUUACACCAAAGCUUGCUCAAGAAUUCAGGGAUUAUAGGAAAAAAAAAUCAACUCUUUUAAUUUAUAGAGUCAAACUGAAGUACAUACAGUAUACCCCUCUUCUAGCCUGUGCACAGGCUCCCAAGUGGAGCUGAGCGAAAUGAAAAUCGCCAAGUGAAGCUAUUCAUUGCAACUGUGGCUUGGGGAGCCUGUUUGCAGACCACUCCUCUUCCAGAAAUAAAGGUUGAUUUUUAUACCCUGUUCCAGAGUCAGAAAAGCAAAAACCACACCCCAUUGAGCAUCACAUACCAGGAUAACCUGUUCAUAUGACAUGGGGACACAUGCUGUGUGUCUUCAGAGGGAGACCUGAAUAACUUUUUUUUUCCAUUUAAUUCUUGUUCUUGUUGAAUUAUCAUUAAGUGUGUAAUGUUAUUGUUAUUUUACAUUAGAAAACUUCAAGUAACUCCUCAGUCAAAAGGUUGCUACUCACCAUGGAAUGCUCUUCAAGUGAUUUUUGUUCUCUUCACCCUUGCUACAAUGUUUUCAAUGAUGUGGUUUACAUUCAUACUGAAAACUUCGCUUGAAACCAUGAAGAAAAGAGUUACUUCAUGUAAGUACAGGUUACUAUGCUGUAUUAUUAUUAUUAAUUGGUGCUCAAAGUAAUAUGUUUCAAAGGUUGAGUGAAACUGCUCAGUGAAAACCAUUGUUAACAUUUCAGAAUUUUUUGGUGCUUAGGGAAUGGUUAACUGAUAAACUUAUCUAAAAAGUUUGUGUUGGUUUGACAACCAUAAACGCAAAAGGUGGCCUGAUGGAAGUUGAAACUGGAAAUAAAUUAAAAAAACCAUGCUCUGUAGUAAAACCUGAAGAAACUUUCAUCGAUUUCUAGACUUUGCUAACACUCGUAUCUUACUGAAAACUUGUCCUGCACUAAGCUGUCAGAGAUCAGGCUCCACUUUUAUUUUCCUGGGUAAUUUCCAUGCUGGCAAGGCAAAUCGAAAAGUCUCCCAUUUAGUACAGUACUUGUGAACCUGAAUUUCGUGUGCUUGUAAAUCGAAUGUAAUAAUGAUUGUUGCAUCACUUGUAUGUGCAUUCAUGUGAUUCCCAUGACAUCACACUGACCUUAAACUCAACACUUGGGCCUUCACGGCCACAUACCGUGCAUAUUAGUCGGAAGAACACGGGAAUUUCAAGAAUGUGGACAGAUCGAGCAAAAUCUCACUAUACAGUUAAUAAAGUGCCGCUGACCAAGUCAAGAUUAGGCUGCGUGCUCCUCUUGUCGCCUGCAAUUACAUGUAACUCAUAGAGUCCAUUUGGAAACCAACUGUGUAAGCUCAGGUUUUAAGGGCCACUGUACUAUUGGACGAUAAAAAAUGUCUGUAGUCCUUGCUGCACUAACUUAAUUGUGUUGUAUGAAAUAUAUAAAGGAAACAAGCAAACAAACAAUACAAGGCUUGCAAAAAUUUUUUUAUAUAAAACCGGCCUCCUAAGAAUUUAAAUCAACCAGUAUCGUAGAUUGAGACUUGGGUCUUUGUUCCUUAAUUUUAAGAAAGAACAAGACAGUAUAACUGUUUUAGCACUUUUUAAAACAAUAAAAUUUCUUAUGGACACUUGUGACUCACUUAUUACGACAAUUUAAUUAGAAAUAAGGUGAUGACAUUUUAACAUAAUGAAUGUGUGAUUACAACAACUUCACUGAAAUAUCAAAAGGUACACAAGACAGCUUGUUUAUUUGUUCUAGAACUGCUAUUAAUUUCUUCAGCUGAUUUCUUGGGUUAAGUCCAAUGUCACUUCUCUUUUACAUUUCCUUUCUGCUUAUUAUUUUAAUUUAAUCUGCUUUGAUACUUAUUGUCCCAGAUGUCAUUAGAAGCAAGAUUUUCUUUCAUCUCGGUCAUAAAAUUAAAAUUAUAUCAACGCUGUUCCAUUUUUGCUUGAAGUAUCGUUAUUUUACUGCCUCAAAAUAUUCCUAUGUUCGUGAAAGAGUUGAAACGCUUAUCGCUACGUCAUUAAAACUUCGUGUUGUGGUACCCAGUCCCCUCUUAAUCUUAGUGAUUUAUGUAUCCUCCGUCUAGUGGAUUUGCAUCCAUUCAGCAUGUUAUGCUUACGAAUAUAACAAAUUCAACAACUGUUUCGUCUGAAACAAAUAUAGUCAAUUAGUUCUAUAUAAAGACCAUGGAUAUUGUCAGAUUUUGUGAUGGGAAAGCAUAAAACCAAAAUGAAGCUUUCUUCAAGAAAAAAUGGCACGCUCAUCUCUGACGACGAAUCGGACUCCGACCUGCAGGAAUUUCCUCUGCCAAAGAAGAGAAUUAUAAAACCGGGCAAGUCCACGUUUGUUGCAAGGUUAGGUACUUUGGCGCUGACAAAACCUCUUGUUUAAAGAGCAUAGAAAGAGCUUGUGCUUGUAUUUUUCUCUGGUAUUUUUACUUUGCUUUGUAAAUUUUAUGAAUUCACGAAAAAUCACUUUCGAACGUUUCAGAAGGCGAUGUGGCUGCUGUCGUGUAUGCGCUUCUGUGUUCCUGUCUGUACUUCUUAUUGCUUCGGUUUUAUGUGUAGUCGUUUUGGGGUGGUUCAGUCUAAGACUGAAGCGUGAUUUGGACUUCGUGAGGAAACGCUUGAGCAAAGGUGAGUGUGGUGGCGAGGAGUUUCUUGUAUCACUCUUUGGGAUCAAAUUUCAAUGGCUUGAUUUCGAGUCUGUGCACAGUAUGAAUUUGCAUUUUCAUUGCUUUUUAAUACAGGAAAUAUGUUAUACCGGAUGCCCAGAUUGUUAACUCUUUUCUCUGAAUCUUUUUAUUACAAACCCCGCACUGAAGGAAGUUCAUAGGUGCGGUUUUCAUUCUCACUGAUCAUGCUUGAAUGCUGUCGAAGUAAUAAUCGCAAGCAAAUUCACCAAGGCGUCAAACUUUUCUUCACACACCUUACAGUUGAAAAAUAUUAAUAUUUUGGCUUGUACCGACCACUCCUUAAUAAGCAUUUAAUGUUGUUCGCGGUCAAGAGAUUAUUAUGAACGUGGACACUGGUGUUUUUCUAUUCACCCUGGAGCGUGUCGUGAUUUUCCGAUAGCUUGUGGUCUUGAAAAUUAGUUUUCUGAUCAAGAGUUCUUCUUUCAUUGGGAAGCUCAUCAAUUAUUCACUUUGAGAAAAUUAAGAAAUAAUCACCAAACACUUCGAGCUAGUCUGAAUUUUUUUAGCACAGAACAAACAUCGGGAAGCAAAUUUUACAUUUAAAUCUCGAAUGUUCAGACACGCGAUCGAAUGGCUAAUUAUGGAUAUACAGUAUAUUGUACGACCUGCUUAUAUUAUAAUGAAUUUACAAGGGCUCUUGAAACACUACUAUUUGAUCAGUUAUAAAAUAAGUAACAGUCUAAGCGUAGGUUUCAAUAAUCGAGUUAAACAAUGUAGACUGUGGAGACCGAUUUUGUACAUUGAAUGAAAAUUUAUUACCCGGCUCGUGCCGGCCGUAGGCAUAGAAAUCUUAGUUUUGUGAAAACAUUUUUCCUUUAUCUCCGAAUUAUUUUUACCACUCGGCGUUUGAUAAACAAAAAGUAAUAAUAUUCGGAUUUCAAGGGAAUAACAAAUAUAUUUACAUUGUCUUGCUGGUUCAAAACCAAAAUUCUUGUUUAUACGUUGGAAGUGUAUCCCUCAAGUAGUCAAGUAGAUGAAAGAGUUGCUUUUUCAAAUUCGACGCGCGCGGUUGUUGAUGUCUCUUAAAUGUUUUGUACGUUGGUUCCUAAUAUUUACAAAAUACAAUACGGAUAUACCGUAUCUGAUACCUCCCGAGUUGUUUAUUUAAGUGCCUACUUGUAUAACAACGUUUUAUUCACGUUCCCAGUGGUAUGCUGAAGGAAAGAGUUUUUAAAAUGAAAUUUGUUUUAUUGGUUGGUUUCACAGCUACAGCCGUACGGAAUAUUUUUUUCUCAUAUGAAGAGAAAUUUAAAUAUGAAUGUAUAUUGUACUGUACAUAAUGUCACAGAAAUGGCAGUAUUUUUCAGAAACUUUAAAAGGUUGAUGAGGUAUCUCCUUUAGCACAGUAAAUUUUCUUGAAUUUUCUCAAUAUAUGUAUCAAUUUUUACUUCUUUGAAAUGUUUUUUUUUGGUUUUCACUAAGUUCCACACUCAUUGCUAGUGACAUGCUCUAAAUUUUUAAUGUUGAGAAAUAUACAUUAUUAAUGCCAGAAAUACCAGAACAAAAGAGAAUGUUGUACGCUUAGAUAAUUUUAACAUUUCCUUUCUUUUGUCCUCAAAAUGUGAAGGUUGUUUCCAAUAAAUAUAUUAUUUUUGUGAACUCUUGAUAAUAAAAUUAUUUUAUAUUAAAUUUUUGAAAACUUUAUUUUCUUAACUUUGUUUUUUUUUUUGUUUGUGUGUUUAUUUCUAGAGUAGAUUGUCAGAGUUUUGCUAAAAAUACAAAAUGCAAAUUUUGCUCUACACAGCUUUGCCACUCCUGGAUCCAUUUUGAGACAUUUGGUUGAGAGGGAAAGGGGGCGGGGGGGGGUAUGCAUGUUUCAAAUCUGAAUUUAAAAACACUUCCCUUUCACCUAAUGAAAAGAAAGACAUUUUUUAGGCUGAGUUAUAAUGCAACGUUUUUUGUUUUUGGUUGCCAUUUGAUUAACCUCAAGCCUUUUCAAGUUACUGUUUCAAGGUUAUUUUGCUUGUAAAAAUUUACUGUAAUGGUGCUUCUAUGCAGAAAAUAGUGCCUACUUCAUAAUAAAAGAAUAAUCUUGUUGUGGCCUAGUAUGGGGUUGAAGGGAUAUGACAGUAAUCCUUCUUUAUGCAUCACACUGCAGAAACCAGUGUUGGCAACUUCAUUUUGGUUACUUUGAAAAAUACCAUCAGAUUUGUUCAAGUGCAACUUUGGGUAUUGCAUGUGCAUGAGCCUAAAUUGUCUUGUCUUUUAUUAACAGUGGAGUCAUUUGAUAGAAGCACUACAAGAGAAUAUGGGGACCUCAGUAAAGACAUUAGUAGCAAGUAUGAUGCACUGAAGAAGAGUGAAAAUGAAGUCAUCAAACAAGAAAAUGAGCAUUAUAAAUCAAUUCUUAAGCAGGUAAGCUAGAAGACAUGUUUAAAGACGACAGGAAUGCAUUGCUUUGAAGAAAUCCCCCGGAGCUUAUGGUACUUGUAUAUUUAGAUCAACUCAAUGUCAGCCCUGCCUAAGAGGUCUUUUGAAUACUGAUAGACUUUGGUUUAACUCCAGAUAAUUUGGAAACCUAUGGUGAGUGAUCUGGCUUCUACAUAGUGCAAUUAAGAUUACAUUGCAGUGCUCUCAUCCAUUGUUAGACGGAAGCAAUUUUGUUGAGUCUUCCACAGUAAAACCUGUAUUAGCAGCCUCUAUAAUAUGGGAACACAAAUCUGAGUAAGUGCUUACACUUUAACUAUUCAGAAAGAGUAUCUUACUUUUUCUUUUUCUUUUUCAGAUUGCUCAUUUGAAUUUAACAGUUAAUGAUUUGCAAAAGAGAGUAGAAAGUCCAGAAAGUGCAAAUAAAAUCACUGGUGACAUUCAGUUACUGAAAAAGGGAAUGGCAGACACUGGAGGUGAUAUAACUGAGGUCAAAGAUAAAAUAAAACAGCUUACGGAUUUAGCUGGAAAGCAAAAUGAUCAAGUCAACACGCUGACAAACAAGUUUUUUAAUCUUUCGGUAAGGAGAACAUGCCAUCACUUUUUUAUGGGUUAGUUUGAAUACAAACCAUGUCAUGGUUUUGCUCUAGCUUUCCUAAUGGCACAGAGGAUUAUUCUGGGUUUGAAACUAUUUCAGGACUUUUUUGGUUAAGAAAACUUUAUUUUGUUUGAUAAUUUGUUUUUACUGGGUUUUUCUUAGAAUUAAGUGCAAAUGGGUUAAUGAGUCAUUGAUCAUGAGUCAUGAGUUGCCCAACCCUAACCCUAACUGUAAGGUUUUUCUGGGAAUUCACCAAAAUGAAUAGAUUCUGAGUAGAAAAAAGUUAAUGAAAUAUUUAAGGUAUGGAUGUAUAAUCUGCACACAUUUGUUGUUUUAAAAAUCACUUGUUUUAAUAUUCCUCAACUGUCUCUUUCGCACGUUACAUAUUUCCCUGUUUUUGAAAUUCAGUAUGGUUCUAAUUCACUAUUCUUCUUAUUCUUCUUUUUUUUUUGGUGAGGGGGAGUAUGUUGGGUUCAGAGGUGCUUCAAGUGUGAAGAAAUGUUUUGCAUUUAAAUUGAUGUCUCUAUUCACACCUCCCUGUAACCAUAAAUCUAAAGUAGCCACCCACCCCCAUCCUCCUCCCCCCAGGGCCAAUGGCAAGUUACUUUAGACUCCCUAGCAUUGAAGCAUGUGAUUGUCUUUUUUUUAAUACUGUUCUAAGUUGGUGUCAUAUUUUUCAAACAGGUUCAAGUAGCUCAAGUCAUGGGACAACCAACUCCUGAACCUCCCAAAAAUACUGGAACCCCACCACUGAUCUUGCGAAUGCCUAUCAGUUCAGAUGAAAGGGCAAAACCAGAAGAGAAGCUUACUCUUAAAAAUGUGUCUACAAUAGUUUCAGUUGUAAGUACAGAGAGACUUAUUGUUGAUAUGUUUGAGUAGCAUUAUAUAAUGUUUAUUGGUUUUAGUAUAGGAAGUGUCUCAUGUUUUCUGGCUUUUAAAGUCAGCCAGAGUAAAACCAGUGCCGAUUAUGGUGUCACAUAAAAAUGCCUUUUCACAUGCAUGGUAACCUCUAAGCUGUAGCCAAUUUUCUAAGGCCAGGAAUGUAUUAAGAAACUUAAUAGAUUCCUGGCCUCUUUUUCCAUUUCUUUGAUUAAUACAAGAAUUGGUGGCAGCCCUUUCCUCUUUAUCUUUUCUGGUUAUUUUUAUUAACCUUUUAAACCCUAAAAGUGAUGAGCAUCAAAUUUCUCCUUGUAAUAUCAAUGCUUUGUAAAACAGAGUGGUCAUGAGAAUUAAGGACAUGAUCACACAAGAUCUAUUUGCUUGAUACUUUAUCAACUUCUCCCCACUGCUUCUAUGGUAAAUGAAUAGGGGUGACACUGAGAAUUUUAAUUUUGAUCUGAGGAUUUAAAGGGUUAAGUAACAUUGGCAACUGCCAGUAAUUCCUCAUAACACUUUUGGAAAAGCUGCGAUCAAGGUUUCAGUUGUUAAGGGAAGCCAAGUUUUUUGUUAAGAAAGCUUGGCCUCAAAGAUUUGUAAAUUUCUAACCUCUAAUGCCUUGUCUCUAUCCGUUACUUUUAAAGGAGGUGGCAAGGAUCAUGGGAAUUGUGUCAUCAGUUAAUCACACUUUAUCUCAUGAAGUCAACAGGAUCAGAUUUCUGAUGAAAAAUCUUCUUGAGGAGGUUAAGAAACAUGUGGUAAGUUUUAUGACAGCCCUCCCUCCCCGUGUCUUGCUGCAGUUUAACUUUCCCUUCAGGUCUGCUGUUUGUAUUUGGCUGGGGCAGUUGUCUGGUUUCUUUGUGAGAGAUUAAGAAGAAAAAUUAUAUGACGUUUUUAACCCUGUGACUAAGCUGUGCCUUACUGAGACCAUGAAAUUACCGUUAUGUUAAUUCAGCUAAUCCAGAUGGAUUAGAUACAGUCGCACCACCUGUAAGUGAUCUCCCAGAAUACAGAUAUUUAGUGGUCAUUUAUUGGAGGUGCUUAUAGGUGAAUAUACAGGGUGUAUAUUCCAAGAAGAGGUCCUGGCACAUCUACUUUUUGGUAGAGAACCGCAUGCAAUUGCUAAGUUACGAAUGAGUGUAGUUUGAGGUUGUCUUUGAAAGUUCUUUGUAUACUGAGUGAUGUAGUACAUGAACAUACCGCAAACAAGGAGACUACACCAUGUAUUAAAGUGGUUAUUUUCACGAGGUUACAAACAGUGGAAAACUCUAAAACCAUCAGGCCAAAAUGUGGUUGCAGUCACUUAUGACAGAUUGUUUAUGAGAGGUUCUAACUAUAUUUUGUAUUUAGUAUUAUGCUCCAGAAAGCGAUUACCCACCUCCAACAUAUUGUCUGUUUUUACCCAAACAGUUUUUAAACAAAUUGAGAAAGCUAUAUUUUUUUUUCUCUCAGGCUACCCUUGAUGAUGUACAAACAAAAGUGUCUCGUGUGUUGACCCCCAAUAACAGCAGCAUAAAAUCAGGAGGACAUGUAGGAGAGGAACAAGGAGAUGUUGCAGAGCAGCUGUUAAAUUUGACAGUUGAUGUCACUGAAAUCUCAGAGGCUGUCCACAGACAAUCCAGAAAGUUGGCUGAAUUGGUUUGUGAACUUAUCAAUUAUUAUUGACUGUUUUGUUGUUGUUGGUGUUUGUUUACAUGAGUCUAUUUUUUAUGUGUCUUUUUAAAGCUGAUAAAAACACAGCUGUCCCAAGCUCACAUGUUGAAAGUGGAAUGUAAUUUACUUUCUCACAAGAGAGUCGGCGUCACAUUACAAGCGACCGUUGAGAAGUUGUAAGAGAAAUAAAAUACUGAGGUCUGCGAACGCUAAAUAUCAUUAUAUUUUACCUUUUUUCUAUCAAAUAAAUAAGGGAGACUUACUUUUAAAGUAUCUCUGCGUUUUUUGGUGUGAAUACAUGGAUUUGGUCAACUUUUUGGCUCUAUUGUGUGACCCCUGACACUCCAUUCAUAAGACAAAGUCAAUUAGGCUGCAUAGAAAGACGACUGGCAGUCCUUACCUUGUCUACUUGAAGAUGGUUUGUGGCUUGAAAACCCAUUGAAUUGCAGACUUUUUCGACCAGAGGCAAAGUUCUAUAUCAUCGCUACACCAAAAAAGUUGACUUGAUUGAUGAAUUCACACCAAAAGAAAGAGGAAUACAUCAAAGGUAAGUCUCCUUUAUAUAUUUUAUAGAAAAAAGGUAAAAUAUAAUGAUAUUUAGAGUUUGCAGACCUCAGUAUUUUAUUUCUCAUACAACGUCUUAACAGUUGCUUGUAACACGACACCAACUCUCUUGUGAGAAAGUAAAGUACUUUCCACUCUCGUAACGUGAGCUUGGGAAGCCGGUGAUGAAAGGAAUUAAAAAAACAGUUUGCAACCACUUGGUGUGCCCCUCGUGUUGGAAAUUAUGUUUGUGGUAUGAUUUUAUUAGCUGUACAAAUAAAGGAAUUGUAUAAUGCUAGAAGCUACCUCUCAAAGAUGAGGAGGCUAAUAUUAAACAAAUUUUGUUCGUUGUCCUUGUUUUUUGUCUUGCGCAAUUUGUUCCAGAUGUUGGAAAUGGUGCAAGUCAACAGAACUGUGAAUGAUAAUCAACAUAUUGAAGCAAUUCAAGAGAAAUCUGUUAUUUGCAACUGUUCAAGUGAAGUAGGCAAGUUGUGGGAAGAAUUGUCAAAAAAUAGAUUAGACAUGCAAUCAAUGCAACAAAAACUUCAAAUGCUGCAAACACCUGUGAGGCAAAAUGAACCGGGUAAGUUUUUUUUUAUAGCUACAGUCUUGUAAAGUCUCAAAUUAUUUACUGUGAAACUCACAAAACCGUGAUUCAACACCAGAAAUAUUUAUGGAAUGUUAUUGUGUUGCAAUUAAUCAACCAACAAUGCGUGAGACAACUAAACCGCAAACAACAACUGUAAUUAGUUUGUGGUUUUGAGUUUUGCGUGCGUAUCCUGAACUUUAUUGUGAUUGGUCAGUACACAAUCAACAUUCCUGAAAUUUUUUUAGGUGUUCACGGUUUUCUAACUUUGACAGUAAGGGUCAUGUAAGGACUUUUUCCUUUUCUGCACACCAAAUACUAGAGAAAAGAGGCUUCUGCUAGCAGGGAAAUGUUUCCAUGAACUUCUCACAAACAGCAUGGACUGGUUUUAGACACAGAGUUAAAGCAAUGUUAGUGAAACGUGUGUGUGAUGCCCAUUUUAAAUAUGGCCAAUGCUCACAGCCCUUUGGCCCUCUCACUUCCUUCUUGGAGAGGCCUCUUAUUAUGGACCUUAUUCACACCGCGGCCAUAUUGUCCCGAGAGACUGUACAAAAUUUGUUUUACGACCCUUGACUUUGCAGUGAAAAACUUGGGAGUGACGCAAGACAGGUAAAACAGAGAUUACUUUAGUCUCUCGGGACGAAGUGGCUGCUUUGUGACAAAGGCUCAUUAUCUAUUUAAAGUAAACUUCUUAAAAACUGCUAGAAACUAUUGGAUUUUGGUAAUCAGUGGGUUAGUAUUGUUGAGAAAAAAGUAGGGAAAAAAGGAAACAUUAUCUGUUGGCAAAGACAGUUAGGUCACUUACUAGAUAACGAUUUAUCCUUCAAUCAGUUACCCAAAACUGGGCUGAUUUAAUCACUCAUUGUGGGUCAAAAGCAAGCUUUCGGCCAAUUUCUAUUAUGCGAAUUUUUAUCUUGCAGAAGUCACCUCAACACCAGCAAAUUUGGAAGCAAGUGUCACUGUAACUCAAAACCAAAGUUUGCCUGAAACUGAUAAAAGUGAUAAAGAAUUGGAAAAAGAGGAAGAGGCAGUUGAAGAUGUGAAGCCUCAUCUUACACCAGGAAGUAAUGUUACUUACUCUGAUGAAAAAGCUACUGAUGCCCCAUUAGCAUCAUCCUCUCAUGUAAAUGCAUCUUCUGUGCUGCAUUCUGCUUUGCCAACUAAUGGUACAUCAUCUUCAACAGCCACCACUACCUUGACUUCUUCACUAGUUAAUCAAAGUAAGUCAUGCCAUUCGACAGGUUAUUAUAGUAUUAGAUAUUACGGGUCCAAUUUGAUUUCAGGUUAAUUUUGAUUUAACGGAGGUUGAUUAUUACCAGCUUGCAAAUAAAUUAGUGUCUGAUAGCCCGGUGCUAGUGGAUUUUGCUAUUGGGCUAGUGAUUUCUGUUUUUAACUUGCCCGACGGGCAAGUGAUGUUUUUUUGAGGAAUUCAAGCAACAGAAGAACUGUGAAAUCAAUUCUGCUAGUCAAAACAUUUUUCGGGCUAGUUAAAAUAAUGUCUGGGCUAGUAAAUGCUAGGUUCAGCUUGCCCGAAUGGCAAGCUGUAAAAAUGAUUUUCUUUGCACCCUGAUUAUUGCCUUCAUAUACUAGCCCUUGAAGAGAAUCAACCUAGGUGAUUAAAAAGUUAUAACCUGAAAUCAAAUUUUAUCUGUAACAUAUUUAAAGUUUUUUCAUGAAUUAUGUUUUUUGCUUUAUUUCUAGCCUCCACUCCUGCAAGCAAAGUUGAAGUUGAGGUUGUCAAAAUAUCAACACCAAGUUCAGACGAGGCAAUUGAAGACAGCUUGGAAGAUACUGAGUCGGAAUCAAAUUGAUAAGAAAAUAGGUAAAUGAACUUUUUUCUUCUUCAUAAGAUGCUUGGGACUUUCAGCUUUUACAAUGGUAAUACCUUAGAGAGUGAAAAUUAUCAUCCAAAUUUCACUGUUUCAAAUUUCUCUGAAAUUGUUUUAUUUUCUCGAUAAUUAUGUCUUUGCCUUAUAUUAUGCAGAAUGUGCCUAAUGUUUUCAAGUUUUCUUAAAGAAAAAAAAAUUGACUGCCAUAAGUUCACAUUUUCUAUGAUACUUUGAAUUGGAUCAUAUUACAUGGCAGGAAAAUGUACAUUGUAUCAAGAAAAAAAGGCUCAUGCCGAGAAAGUUUAUUUGCUUUAAACCUUUCACUCUUAGACUUGAUUAUGGUGAGACAAUUUGUCUCAUAAAUCUGUGGAAAAAAUCGUUUGGUGUUACCAUUUAAAUGAACCCUCUCUGUCAGAAUUGUCACAAAGUCCACGGGUGGCUACUCAGCAAAGUUUUGCAUGGUUAGGUUCUCCCCUCCGAAAAAAAAAAAAAAAAUUCCACUCCGAACCCUUUUGACAGAAGAAGAACCCCAUUUGUAUACGUUUCUCAUUCCUCAGACGUCAUUUUGUAGGGAAACCACCGGUGGCAUCAGUUGUGAAAUGUCGGCUGUUUUCUCAUGCUACAGUUUUCAAAGACUGACAGGUGUCUGUUUGGUCUUGUUUUUUCAGGUGUUUGGCAAACUACAUCUACCAUGAGCUUCAGGGUUAGCACAGAAGCUAUUAUGGGAAUUUAAUGUUCAUAUGUAAAAUAGCCACAUGUGGUUGUUACCAUGAUGACAAAAUUUUCAAAGGUUUUAUACAGAUAAUAUUCAGAUUUGAUUUACAGAUUGAAUUUCAUUGUCACUGGAGUAAAAAGCCAGUGAAUUAAUCUUCCCGUACAAAAGAUUUUUUUAUCUUAAAUUUCUAAACCACCAAUUAUUGCAAUAAAAGUUUUGGCAAAUAUAUACAUAAAAAGUCCUGAUUGUGAAUUGGAGGAAGACUUUCUGAUUCAACAUUUGUGAACAAAGAUAUGGUUUUGUUUUGUGUUUUUUUUUUUCCUCCCUCUUCUUUGCAAGUAAAUAUAGUGCACUGCAUUACACAAACCCAAAAAAAGGUGAAGCUUUGCAAAGGUGCUCUUCCUUGCUGUUGUCACUUUGAUAACGUCACAAGAUAACAUCACAAAUAUUACAAUUAUUUUUAUUACUAUUUACAGGGUUGCCGCUAAGAUUUCAAGUUGCCAGGUAAAUACAACAAGUAGGCGGGGAAUCAAACAGCUAGGGAUUUCUUUUGGUUCUACUUUUCUUCUAUUUUCCAAUAAAAGUAGCUGGGGACCACACUCAUAGCAGCUAGCGGAAAUCCCUGGCCCUUGAAUCUUAUUGACAACCCUGUAUUUAACACUUAAGAU